UUCUAACUCUGAAUCCAAACCAAAACCAUGUCCGCCGCCGCCACCACCACUGUCUCCUCCGGUGGUUCCUCCCGCCCCACCUGGAUCCUCCUCAACAGGUACGCCAAGAUUGGCGAAAACACCAACGAAACCACCACGCACUGCCAAGUUACCGAUGAUAUGAAGAUAUGCGCUUCCCUCGUCCGCGAGCGCCCGCCGCUCCCCUCCAACCUCUACGUGCACUGCUCCGGCGCCGCUCUCGCGGAGCGCCCAUCCUCGCUCGCCAUGGUGGACGACCUCAUCCUCUUCCAUGUCUACGUCGGGUCUGCGUACCGCGUCCGCUCCGCGCUGCCGUCCUACUUCUUCAUGUACCGGGCCGACCCCAACCGGCCGUCUCUCGAGCUGCUGCCGCACCCGCCGCCGCAAGAUCGGGUCCGCAUGUAUCAUGCGUUUGGCAUCUUCCCUCGCGGCGGGGAAGAGGAUCACUACACCAUCGCCUCGAUGAUUCCUCAGGACCGUAAGGACGGCAUUUUUACACUUCGCCUGUAUGACUCCGAGACUAAGACCUGGAGCUCCAAGAAGCUGUCCGUCGAGUCGCCGCAGGACGACUUCCCGGUUCCCAUCCCCGUCAACUAUCGCCUUCUGUUAUCACAUAAUAUGUCCACUGUGCUCACUCUUGGAGGAACAAUCGGCUGGGUCGAUCUCUGGCGCGGCGUCCUCUUCUGUGACAUGCUCUCCGGUCACCAUACCCUACGUGGCGUUCCGCUGCCGCUCCCACUGAAGCUGACCAAACCUGACGGCGAUCCAAGCGACGAGGAGCUAACAUCUGGAAGAACUAGCCGUGGCAUCGCCUUCGUCGGUGGCCAUCUCAGGUUAGUUGAGGUUCGUUUCAAGGCCGCCCCUGUUGUGUUUGUGUAUGACCAAGAAACUGGGUCGCCUCGCUGGCGAAUCGAAAACUGGACAAUCACCACCUGGACCAACAAGGAGAUGAGUAACUCCUACGAUGAUUGGCGCAUGGACGGCACGUUCCAAGCUUCCGACAUCUUCCUCGGCGACCACCUGGAAUCGGAGCUACCGCCGAUAGACUUGCAGAAUCUUUAUGUCUCUGAUCCUGUUAUUGGCAUGAACGGAAAUGACAUGCAUGUUGUUUACCUGACUGCGAGGGAGAACUGGAGGCACCCCAAAUCGUGGGUCCUAGCUAUUGAUACGAGGGAUCGCAAGGUGCAAAGUGUGGUGGCCACGCCCGGCCCUCUAUCCGAGGAAAUGCGCUACUACGAUGCAAACUACUGUACCUGCACUAUUAUCUCCAAGUAGUGUGCCAACGCUUCACCAGGUGGGACUUUGGAUGCUUAGCAUUUAGCAAUCAAAUGGCUAUGGACUAAAUUAAAGUCAGCAUAUGCGCAGUUUCACGUGAGGUUGAGAUUGAGCAACACUACCUUUCUCACUUGAUAUAUUUUAUCCUGCUUGAGAUGGAUCUAUCUUGAUUAGUUGUAAUGAUGCUAUAUCAUAUGUUUGUGGUGAACUGGUUACUUGUGCUUGUUGGUGGUGGACAUUCUUGUAGUUAGUUCUACAUUUCGUACUUUGCUAUAAAGUUAUGA